GAAAAAUAUAGUCGUGUGUGUGUGACACUUUUGGGUGUGGAAAGAUUUUUGUUGUGGCAAAUAGUGUACCUACUAAACAAUAAUGGAAUCCGAUGGUUCUGGUGGUGCAAAGAAAAAAAUCGGCCUCUCAGGGAUAUCAUUUAGGAAGAAACGUAAUAAAACCCAAGUGGGAUUGGAAUCAUGGUUCAAAGCCGGAACUGGGCGAAAGCCUACCGGUCCCAGACCCACUUCGCAAUUGGGUCCGAACUCGGAGACCGAUAUUUCAUUGGACGAAGACUAUGCCCAAAAGUUGGCAUCAAUGUCGGAAAAAGAAAUUAAUCUUAAGUAUGAGGAACUCUUGAGUGAUAUGAACUUGAACGAUGACAAGAAGAAACCACUUCGCAAUUUGCCGCUGGAGCAAAAACGUUACAUGCUGGUUAUGAAUAAUAAAAAUAAAACUGAAUCGGGUAACAGAUUCAAUGAUCCUGAAGAUUAUCAUAACUAUUUGGAUACGCACCUACGUAGCGAGUACACACAAUUGAACAAGCUACAAAGUUGUACAGAAAGCUUGAGGGUGGCUUUGGCCAACAACCCAUUGAGUUGGGUUGAAAAGUUUGGCAGUCAUGGAAUGCAGCUGAUUUUGAAAGUUUUAGAUGUUGGGCUCAAAAACAAAGACGUUAAACUCCAAAACGAAUGUCUCAGGUGUUUGGAAAAAUUCAUGAACAACACUACAGGGAUUAAACUUUUUUUGUCGAACACUAAAGGACAUGAAACUGUGGCCAAAUGUUUAGAUCACGAAAAACCCCAUGUUACAAUACAAGCUUUAAAGAUUCUCGCCCCAAUGUGUUUGAUUACAAGCGAAGGCGAAGAAGACGGGGCCAACAAGGUACUUUUGGCUAUAACUAAAGUAGCAGAACAUGAAAAAAGGGAACGAUUUUUACCAAUAGUCAAUGGAAUCGUUAAAAGCGAUAAUGCAGAUUUACAGAGUAUGUGCCUACAAUUCAUAAAUGCCUUAUUAUCGGAAACCGACGAUUUUGAAUUCCGUAUGCACUUGAGAAAUGAAAUAGUAAGAAAUGGACUUUUUGAUAAAUUAGCCGAAUUAAAAAAUGAAGCAAACCCAGUCAUCAAAACACAAUUCGACAUUUUCGAAAAUCAAAAAGAAGCCGAUGCCGACGAGUUACACGAAAGAUUUGAUAAGGUCCGAAUUGAUAUGGACGAUAUGCAAGACUGUUUUGAAGUUUUGAAAAAUGUCACAUUGGAAACCUCUUGUGAACCGUACUUUUUAAGUGUUUUACAACAUUUGUUAUUUAUUAGAGAUGAUUUUAAUAUUAGGCCAGCUUAUUUCAAAAUAAUCGAAGAAGUUGUUUCACAAAUAGUCUUGCACAAAUCAGGCUUAGAUCCUGAUUUCAAAAAGAACCAUAUCGAUAUUGACUUGCAGCCUUUAUUAGACGAAUUAAAAGAAAGACCUGCUUCAGUAGACACGGAAAAAGUUCAAGAACUACAAAAGCACCUUGAUAAAGCGCUGGUCGCGAAAGAAGAAGCUGAAGCCAAAUUGGCCAAACUGAUGGGGGUGGCUAAUCCUGCAGGGGACGGGAAACUCGAUCCCAGUUUGGUUGGAAAAAUUAAUAUACCGCCCCUGGGUGGACCUCCGCCACCUCCAAUGCCUGGCGGCGGACCACCGCCGCCUCCAAUGCCUGGUAUGGGUGGACCACCGCCGCCUCCAAUGCCUGGAAUGGGCGGACCACCGCCGCCACCUAUGCCUGGUAUGGGCGGACCACCACCACCACCAAUGCCUGGUAUGGGUGGUCCACCACCUCCGCCUCCACCACCAGGAAUGGGUGGUCCAAGACCGCCCGCUUUUCCAGGAAUGGGCCCACCUCCGCCCCCAUUCGGUAUGGUCCCUUUACCCGGAAUGGUUCGACCCGAUGUGUUGCCUUACGGUCUUAAGCCUAAGAAAAAAUGGGACGUCAAGGGUCCAUUGAAAAAGGCCAACUGGAAAGCGAUUAUGCCACAAAAAUUAUCAGAAAAAUCGUUUUGGGUGAAAGCCAAAGAAGAGGAGUUAGCUGAACCAGAUAUUCUAGACGGUUUGGCCAAGAAGUUUUCAUCGAAACCUGCCAAAAUGGCUGAAGAUAUGUCUGAUAAAAAUAGUCUUUGCGGUACCCUAAAAAAAGUCAAGGAAUCUAAAGUUUUGGACGGUAAAGUGGCUCAGAACAUUCUGAUUUUGCUCAACGGUAGUCUAAAGCACAUGCCUUACGACGAUAUCAAAAAAGCUCUGCUCAGAUGUGAUGAUACUGUACUUACUGAGAGCGUGACUGAGCAACUAAUACAGUACUUACCUCCUACAGAUCAGCUUAAUAAACUAAAAGAAUUCACAGACAGGUAUAGCGAAUUAACAGAAGCUGAACAAUUUUGUGUGAAAAUGGCUGAAGUGAAACGGUUGUUGCCCAGGUUGAAAUCGCUCAGUUUUAAAAAUCAUUAUGCGGAAAUGGUUAAUGAUACUAAGCCAGAUAUAGUGGCAGCUACUGCCGCAUGUGAAGAAGUGAAAAAAAGCAGAAAAUUUGCCAGAAUCCUGGAAUUGAUUCUUCUAUUGGGAAACUACAUGAAUUCGGGCAGCAAAAAUGGUGGAGUUUUUGCUUUUGAAAUGAAUUUCUUGACCAAAUUAACAGGUACAAAGGAUGCAGCCAACAAACAAACUUUGCUACAUUAUAUAGCGGAAACGGUAGAAACAAAAUGGCCAGAUUUGUUGAAUUUUUAUGAUGAAAUGCCGCAUAUAGACAGAGCUAGCAGGGUAUCAUUAGACACAAUACAAAAAAGCCUCAAACAAAUGGACAACAGCAUAAAAAAUCUGAAAACUGACUUGGAAAAUAAUAGAGUGCCUCAAAGUGACGAUGAUAAAUUUGUUGACGUAAUGGAUAAAUUUUCAAAGGACGCAAGAGAACAAUGCGACGUAAUGCAAGAAAUGUUUAAAAAAAUGGAAGGUUUGUAUACGGAACUAGCCGAGUAUUAUGCCUUUGACAAGCAAAAAUGCACCCUAGAAGAAUUCUUUACGGAUUUAAAAGUUUUCAAAGACAGUUUUAUUCAAGCCAAAACAGACAAUCAAAAAGAAAGAGAAAUGGAAGAGAAGAAAGAGAAAUUACGACUGGCCAAAUUGAAGCAAGACCAAGACAAAGAGGAAAGAAACAAACGGAAACUAAUAGAUAUGAAUCCUACACAAAAUCAAGAAGGUGUUAUGGACAGUUUAUUGGAGGCCUUAUCUAGUGGUAGCGCCUUUGGAAAGAAUGAGAAACGGAAAAGGGGGAACAGGCCCUUAGGAGCCGAAAGAAGAGCACAAUUGCAGAGGUCGCGGUCGAGAACAGGUCUAAUCUCUGGACGAGAAUUGACUAGUGAAAUCGCUACGUGAUGGAUGCAAAACGUGAUAUCAAUCGAAGAAUGACAACGAAACGCUCAAAAUGAUUUAGCAUAAUGCGAAAACUUUUUUGGUCUCAGGAUCAAAGACUCGACCUUCUAUACACCUUGUAAACGUGCUCGGUUUUUUUAAAUUUAAAUCCGCAUGUCAACUUUAGGUGCGUUUACACCGUAGGCCUUCAAAGACAAAAAUGAAGAACUAAUAAUUUAUUCUAAGUAAAAAAAAAACUUUGUGUAAAUAUUUUGUAUAAUUUUUUUUUGUAUAGGGAAUCUCUGAAAAGUAAUUUUAAAGUACAUAAAGGCUUCCUUCCAUUGAUAAUAAUUAAAGCCCUGUUAAGCCAGCUCAAUGGAUUCGACUUCAUCAAGGCACAAAAAUUUAAUUUUUUUUUUUUUUGGCAACAUUGUGAAAUUAAUCAAAAUAGAAACGUUUACGAAUUUACUAAAGCCUUAUUUUUGUAAUAUAAUAAGCAAAACGAUGUAUAAAUACAAAUAAUUAAUAAUUAUAUACUUUUUUUAUAAAUAUGUGAAUAGGAAAUGCAUAUGCGCAAUAUCUAUUUUAUUAAAUUUUUUGUUAACUUGUUGCUA